AUGAUACAGAAGCUACUUGUAGGAAUGGAGGUGGACAUUGUCUCAAGGAGAGUCAAAUCAGAGGAUAACGUCACAGAUGCCGUAUCACGAGGAGACAGAUCCGGAAGGAACCCUGCGUUUCAACUACCUGUCCAAAUCCCUUAUGACCUGGAGUCAAGAUUGUACCAAUCCACUGAUUGA